CGGCGGCGGCGGCGGCGGCGUCAACACCAAAUCUUAACCGGAGGUUAAGUUUUUGAAAUGACAGCAUAACUUAGAAAGUAUAUGGACCUAGUUCAUGAAACUUGGCCAUAAGGUUAAUCAAGUAUUACUGAACAUCCUGCCUGAGUUUCAUGUCACAUGACUAAGGUCAAAGGUCAUUUAGGGUCAAUGAACUUAGACCAUGUUGGGGGAAUCAACAUCAAAAUCUUAAGGUUAAGUUUUUGAAAUGUCAUCAUAACUUAGAAAAUAUAUGGACCUAGUUCAUGAAACUUAUACAUAAGGUUAAUCAAGUAUCACUGAACAUCCUGCAUGAGUUUCACAUCACAUGACCAAGGUCAAAGGUCAUUUAGGGUCAAUGAACUUUGGCCGAAUUGGGGGUAUCUGUUGAAUUACCAUCAUAACUUUGAAAGUUUAUGGAUCUGAUUCAUGAAACUUGGACAUAAUAGUAAUCAAGUAUUACUGAACAUCCUGUGCAAGUUUCAGGUCACAUGAUCAAGGUCAAAGGUCAUUUAGGGUCAAUGAACUUUGGCCAUAUUGGGGUAUUUGUUGAAUUACAGCCAUAAAUUUGAAAGUGUGUUGGUCUAGUUCAUAAAACUUGGACAUAAUAGUAAUCAAGUAUCACUGAACAUCCUGUGCGAGUUUCAGGUCACAUGAUCAAGGUCAAAGGUCAUGUAAGGUCAAAGAACUUUGGCCACGUUGGGGGUAUUUGUUGAAUUGCCAUCAUAUCUCUAUAAGUGUAUUGGUCUAGUUCAUAAAACGUGGAAAUAAGAGUAACCAAGUAUCACUGAACAUCUUGUGCGAGUUAUAGUAGUUUUCAAAAUCAGCAUUGCUGCUAUAUUGAAUCGCGUGAUGCAGGUGAGACGGCCAGAUCGAGGCAUUCCACUUGUUGAGAUUCGCCCCACUUCUGGCACUUCGACGUUACAAGAUCAUCUUGAGAGGUUAACAUCUUGGAGUACGGAGAAUGACAUGAAAUUUAAUGUGCAGAAAAGUAAAACCAUGUCUAUUGACUUCUCAAAAAAAAGAUCCAAUCCUCCAAAUCUACUUCUGAAUAAUCAGCAGCUGGAGUAUACGAACUGCCAGAAGCUGCUUGUAUUCUUCUUCAAUCAAAUCUCAAAUGGGAUAGCCAUAUAUCGGACAUGAUCUCGAGAGCUGGAAGGAGAAUAUUCAUGAUAUGUCGUCUGCGGAAAGCGUCAGUCUCGAUGCACGACCUAGUGAAUAUAUAUUCCACUUACAUCCGUCCAAUAUUAGAAUAUGCAUCCCCCAUUGUGGACCACAAGCAUAACAUUAACAACGAAUCAAGCUAAUGACAUCGAAAAGAUCUACGAACACUCCGGUCAUGGAAGACUUUGUGAAAUCAGUUGCCAAUUCCGUCUACACAAAGAGCUCAGAGGAUGUCCAAUUUGUUGGGGACAGAAUCAACGAAGGAACAAAACGUGCGUGGGGCGUUGACUUGCAGUCUGAACACGAGGCCUUCUUGGUUUGUCACAGUGGGAACAUCCCUGUCUUUGUAGUGGACUACCCCAAGGAUAUCAAACCUUUCUAUGCUAGGCUGAAUUGCAACGACAAAAAUGGCAGCAGCUGUAGAUCUGUUUGUUCCGAGAGUAGGCGAGUUGAUCAGUGGUAGCUUGAGAGAGGAACGUCUUGAUGAUUCCAGCAUAGAAUAAAGCACCUGGGACUUCAGGAUUCUAAUUACCAAUGGGAUCUGGAUUUAAGACGCUUUGGAACAGUUCCCCACGGUGGCUUUGGACUUGGGUAUGAGUGCCUGCUAGGGUACUUACUUGGUGUGGACCACAUACGAGAUGUCAUUCCCUUCCCACGAUUCCCUGGCUCCUGCCCUCUCUGAUGGUAGCUCCGCACAGCUGUCAAACUUCUUUAUGGGGACGUCUUCCGAUCGUGGUGUAAUGGUGCUGAUUUUACCCAACUGAUAAGAAAGGAUGAUGAAUGUCUGCUAGCAACCAGAGGACAGAUGGCUUUGCAUCCUUGCAGAGGGACCUGGACAUGAGGAUCAAGGAAACCAGGAAGGGGGGGGGGUGUUUCACAAAGAUUUAAGUGUGAUUUAUGGGGUGUUGCAAGAAACUUGCAGUUGAUCGCAAGAUAGUUUUUGGACCACAAAUCAAUGGAAAGUUACCCUUUUCAUUGCAAUUUUGCAAUGAUUGCAAAUAUUUCCCUGCAACACCCCCUAAGAGUCGCACUUAAAUGUCAGUUGCGCACUUUAUGUGCACUACCGUGUGCUAGCGUUUAAGCAUGACUCCAAGUCACUCUUAUCUUUUGUGAAUCGGAAUCUGUGUUACGAAGAUCACUGUCCUACCAUUGCGCGCUACCAUUGGGAAUGUUUCUUGGAACAAAUAGUUAUUUUCACUGACUAAUUCUCUCUUAGCAAAUCAGAUACAAGGAAUAUGGUAGCUUAUAACAGGGGACCGUUUCAUCAAGAUUUUUGUCCGACAAGUUGUCAGAUCUGAAAUCUUUCCUUGAAUUUGAUUGGCUGAGAAGCAGUGUUACUGUGGUAACUGUCGGAUAAAACAGGACUUGUCGGAUAAAACGUCCGAUAAGUCCUUUCAUGAAAUGCUCCCCAGAAGUCAGUAAAGUCCAAGCGCACACUACGCGAUCCGAUACAACACAUUUUUUAAUGAAUCGCAUUUUGCAUUAAAUAUGAGAGUGCCAAGGAGUAAAAGUAUUUCAUUUGAAGUCAGGCAUGAAUGUUAGGAAUAAUAAAGUUAUCAUUUUGCUUUGCGGCAUGCUCUGUGGUCGGAGUAAUGUCUAAAUUGGCUUCAAGUCGCAUUCAAUUACAAUAGUCAGACUUUACACGACUUUACAAUACAUAGAAAGAUAUUUAUUAAAAAAUCUAACUAAAAAAACAAUGAUUUGGGGGCAUUUCAUGUGAAGGCCUCCAAAUGCAGCCUUUUUCAUAAAAAUCCCUGAAAUCUUGUGUAAAGUGAAUGGGUGCGUAGACAUGUGGCUCCAUUGUUUUGUUUAAUCUGAAAAUGACUUGCCGAUGUUUUUUCCAAGAAAAUCGUUUAUUUCUCUCAAAUUCUCAUGAGAUUUCAACUGUAAAUUUACUUGAAAAUAAAAAAAAAUCAUGAUUAAUAUUAAUAAAAAAAUGUUUAGGUGCGCAGACAUGGCUCCCCCCCCCCUCAAUCAAAAGUGAAUGUAGUCCAACUACUUCAGAAUCUGCAUCAUGCAUUCUGUGGAAAAUCAAAGGUCUUUGCCUGCAGACUACUAAAGGCUUUGAAGAAGUUAGUGCAAUAUUAUACAAAUAAUGCAUGGCUCAGUGCAUUGGGUCAGCAUGCGAUAACACGUCUGGAAACCAAUACAUUUAUGUCAAUGGGUCAUCGACAUCAUUGCCCUUUUGUGACCUUGGAUUAUCACAGUUUUUAAGGGUAAAUGAAAAAAAGGGGGGAAAAUGGAUAUUUCAAAGUCGGAAAUUCAAUACUCCUGGAAUAUUGCAUUGCAUAAUGCAGGCAAUAUCUAGUUAACAUAGGAGAUUUCAGUCAUAUUAAUCCAAGUAAAUCUACACCAAGAGUCAUAUAUAUGUUUUAUCCAAUAUGGGACUUAAUGCGCAUUUGCUACUAAUGAACCCAUUUUAUAUUUUUUAUGUAGACUUUUGUGUAGCAGGAGCAGGUCCAAGCUAUUUUCUCUUUGCUUACAGUUAAAACAUCAGAAUUAUCAGUUAUUUCAUUAGUAGAUGCAAACUCUGUUAGGCAUGGUUACUACAUGUAGGAGUCAAUAAGUUGUGCAUUGGUUAGAAAUGAUUUGCAAGUAUUUUGAGGGCUUUGAAUUAUGAUAAUUUCUAGAAUUAGGCUAUUUGUGGUUUAAAAAGCCUGUCUUCAGUUUUGGAAAAGGCUAAAAAAAUGUGAAUUAUACUUGAUUAUCCUACAUUUUGAUUGUAAGACUUUGAAGUAGGUGAUUAAUUUUUUUUUUCAACCCCCAAUUUUCGGACAAUUUGAAUAUUCAAACCAAACAUGUCUAGUGCCCUCUAUCAGUGAUAUUUUGUGUUCCUAUAAAAGGGCUCUUUGAACAUUUAGUCUUACAAAAGGAGCUACAGUCGCAAAGAUUAUGUCCUAAAAUCUUCAGUCCAAUCCAUGCUUUGGAAUAGGUUAACAAAUAUAUAAACCUCAUAGUUUAUUUUGACCGGGCACCCAAUCAAAAUGCAUUGUCAUGUACAUGAAAAAUGGCAAUUUUUUUCAAUAGCCUCCACAUCUGAAAAUUUUAGGGCAUUCACAUUCAUAUAGCCUCGUGAUGAAUUGCAAUUACCAUAGUGACAUUUUGGUGGAUUUACCAAGACUAAAAACGGGCUUUAUGUUAGUUUGUAAUUUUCUCUCAGCGAAGUUGUGAUUUGUGAUUAUUUUGUGUUGACUAGUCUGCAAAAGUGGAUCCAAAGGUUUUCCAGAGUUUUUGCCGUUUGAGUUUUGUCUCUGGUUUUUUACCCUGGACCUACUUGUCGUAGAAUUUUUCUACACAAAAUUUUCACUCCCCUGCACAUCAGGGUAAAAUGUCACAUAGGUCAUUAUUCUAAAAUUAGGUUAGGUUUGCAAUAUAUUCUCGGUCUGGCAGUGGCGGGGCUAUAACAUUUGAUUGCAUGAAGUCAAUGAUCCAUGUUCCCAUUAAUAUAUGGUGCCUGUUAUGUGCUUUUCUCUUUGUUAAGUAAAAGGUCCAAGAGUAUUUAGGCCUGUUUAGGAAGUAUUUUAAUAUAAAUCAUUAGAUUGUUUUAGAAAAGUAUAUGCAGAGUUGCCAAUUAGUAGGAUUUUAAAGGGGAAAUCGAUUUUUUAAACUUGUAAGAAUGAUAGUUUUUAGUAUGCUUCGUUUUCUCAAAAGUUUAAAGAAAAAUAAGAUUGUAGGCUUGACGAUAAGAUAAAAAUGAAUAAAUAAAAGGAUUUUUUUCACAAUGUAGGUUAGCAGCUCUGUAUAUGGCACUAUCGAGACAAUUCCCAGAAGUGUUUCACAAGUAGCUGAAAUCAGUCUCAAAGUCAUGCUAUCAUGUUAACAUGCACAUGAUACUGUAUGUAAUGUGGAGCUUCAUUGAUUCAUACAGAGAAGAGCUCGUUCUCUGAGCAUGAUCCAACCAAUGAAGUUUUUGUAUUUCAUUUUCCAAACAAGUGAAUAUUCAAAAACAAUUUGUAGUCAUACUUUCAUCUUUGUGAAACACCUCUGUGAUUUGUCUCGUUUGUCCCAUGUAAUGUCAGAUAGCUUGGACCUGCCUUACAGUGUACGAUUGUCUGUACUACUUGCUUUGCAUUCAGGAUUUUACCUUUCUUUCUUGAACAAAACUGUAAGACCAGCAGCCAAGAAGUUUCGUUCAAGUUGGAGGACCGUAGCAGCUGACCUCAUUGAUUGAUGGUGGUAGGCCCGACACCUCACAAACAUGGCUUCCUGUCUGGUUUAAGCCGGGAUUUUCCUGUCAGAAUCACACAAUAUGUGAUGUCACUACCAAGAGUUCUAUUUUUCAGCGUGCAGAGGAGGGCACUUGACACUGCUGUGCAUGGCAUACAGCUUCCAUAAUGUAAGUGCUUUAUUGAUGAUUUCAAUGAUAUUUUGUGUAGCCGAAAGUAUGGGAGACAAUGUACAUGAUUUUCCAGCAGUUAUUACUGAAGAUAUUCAUUAGUUUGGAAAUAUUGGGCAGCAUAAUUACCCACACUGGGCUUUUAUUUACAUUAAGCCUCGAUCACACUUUUCAAAUUCACGACGUUCUCUUUAAUCUUUAGAAUGAUAUUCUUUUCAUGAAAAUCUAUCAAAACGAUACCAUCCCUGAAAGCAAUUUUGAUGAAUUUGUAGGGACUUAAAAAACUCCCAAUUGCUCUCCUCCCCUCGUGUUUAACUUUCCCCUCUCCUCUUCUACGAUGUAAUACUUGCAUUAUCUGUUGAUCCAUUGAUUGCCGUCUUUCUUCAUAUACUUCUCAGCACUAUCUGCUCUAGCUGCUGUUCUAAAUUCAUCUUUGUUUCACACUGUUGCAACAUAACAUCUGCCAUGACUGAUAUAAUAAUUUGCUAAUAUGACAAAGAAAUCAUUUAAAAGGAAAUUGAUAUAUGUUUACAGACUAUGAUAUUAUUAUUUUUUUAUUAGUUGCCUAGACAUGAUAGAGCAGCGUGAAUUAUUUUGCAAUCAAAUCCCUUUUUCUGUACCUAUUGUUUUUUUGGACGGACCAAUUGGAAUUAUUUUUUCUAAAUGUUUGGUCCAAUCCCCAUUCACCAUGAACCUGAUUUUUUUUUUUUUCAAAAAUGCCGAGUGUGUAUCCAUGAUGUAAACACAGAAUGCGAGAGAUCUAGCCAGACCUGUGUUGGAUGAUAAUGAUAUUGUGAUGAAGGUGGCUUCUCAAUAUCGGUUCGUCUGCAAAAAAAAACAAAAAGACAAAAACAAUAAAACAUAAAGACAAACCUUUUGUCUUUUAUACUAAACUUUGGAUAAAAAGUCAAACCUUUUUAUGGGGAUUGUGUGCUUCAAUGGUUUUCCACAACUUCGCCUCUAAUCACUACAAGACAAGUAAGACUGGAAUCUAGUUUUAGAAGUGCAAUGUCAAAUUUUAUGUCUAUCUUGCCAGCAUUUGCUAUUUACUUUUCAAGCCUUGACUGCUCUAGUGUUUCUAGUUGACCAUUUGUGUUGGGCCUUUUGCACAUUUGUCAAAUAUAUUGGAUGGAGCAGUUUAGCUAAGACGGCUUUGAGCUUCGUCGCAGUAAUCAAGGUCCAUCAAGAAUCGGUUUGCACUACAAACAAGCAAAGAGAGGAACUGUUGACCUAUGUUUGAAGAGAGGUCUGCUGACUUCCGGAGUAAUGUUUCAAUUGCAUGUGAUAUUUUUGUAUUUGGUGUUUGAAUGUCUGAUGUUGAGGUAAUCCUAAGGUAUUCUCUGACCAAGAGGAUUAGUGUUUUUCAGCCUAUUUGUUGGUAUCCAUUGCUCUUCAAAAUAUCAUGCAAGUUGCAUAUUAUCAGUUAGUAAUUCAAAUGGUGACAUCUGAUGAGGGGUCUGUGCCUUUGAUUGUUUUACUAAAAUACAUGGUGCUUUACAGGUGGUCUAAAUGAUAUUCCUUGCAUCGUUUGGUAAAUAUUACAGCAUUUUGAUCUGCAUGGCUCUUGCUAUCUGCUGAUUGCCAUCUAGACUCUGGAAUUCAUCCACAUUUCAGUCUGUGGGUGAGGCAGUGAUCCACCAGAUUCUCAACAUUCUUGGACCCGUUUCAUAAAGGACUUGCAGCUGUGGUAACUUUGUCAUUAUGGCAACUACCAUGGUAACCUUGUUCUGAUUGGCUGCUGAGCCCAGUUACCAAGGUAGAUGCCAUUGUGGCAAAGUUACAACAGUUGCAAGUCCUUUAUGAAACGGGCCCCUGAAUUCUCCAUUUUCCAUUCUUUCCAUCUUUGUUUAAUCAUUGCAUUACCCAGUAGUUUUUUCCCCAGGGAAUGAGAGUUGCAUUUAUUCACUUGGCUGAAUUAAAAAUGGGUUGCUGUAUUUGUUGAGGUAUUUGAUAGAACUUGGCAUAUCUGACUUGGUUGAUCUGCAGGAUGUUUCAUAAAGCGGUUCGUAAGUUAAGAGCGACUUUAAGAAUGACUGGCGAACCUUUCUUACACGUUUAUAUCACCAAUGAAUAUUGAAUGGUGCAUAUUUUCCACAAGAAAGGAUCACCAGUCAUUCUUAAAGACGCUCUUGAUUUAUGAACAGCUUUAUGAAACACCCAUCCGGUCCUCUUUCAAAUGUACAUUAUCUCCUGUGCUUUGAAAAAUUUAUUCAGUCCAAACCAGGGCUGAUUAGACAAACCUAAUUGUAGAGGAUUGUGACAUUGCAUACGGUAAGGAGCCAGACUGGGAUAUCUCUUCAAGACCCGAGAGUUCUGACCAUGGUGAUCAAUGAAUGAUGCUUGUAAUUCCUUGAAGAGCCUCAUCAGCAUCCGCACUUGGUGCCAUUAUAAUGAUGAAGUUAGGGCGAAUGAGUCUUCGAGACUUGACCAUGUUAUUGUAUUGGAUUGUCGUACCUUGAAUAGCCUCGGCAACAUUCUCACAUGGAUCGAUAAUUAUGGCAAGGACGCAGGGGCCCUCUAGCAUAACCCAGUUUUGAUGAGGUGUAAUUGAAAGGCUUCUACUAGAUUGUUACAAUGGUUUCCGACAUCGGUCUGGUACAAUUUUUGGAAAUUCUAUUUGGUGCUGUCCUUGAAAUUUGACAUUCCUUCUGGAAGAUUGUUACAGUUGGCUUUCACUUUUGCCUAAAGAAGUAGAUUCCUGCGUCAAGUCUGAAAGGAGGUGUGGACAUUUUUGUCUGGUGCUGCUUCUGAAAUUCCUUCUUACUCAUCUUUCAACUGAAAAGAGUGUUUCCUACAUUCAUUCUGGAAGGAGUUCUGGACAUUUAUUGGAUGCCGUCUCAUAAAUUUGACAUUGCACUUCACUACUAGGGAACAUGCAUUGUACUGUGAUGAUUGAGGGUGCAUUGUGGGAUAUAAAGUGCACUUCCUCAGGACGAGUCUAUCUUGAGGGUUCAACCUGUUAGAUCUAGAUUCACAAUAUCUUAUCAUUCUGAAUGCAAUAGCUCUAUCUCUCAAAAUUUCUGUGGAAGAAGUGAUGGAUGCAUACGCAAACCAUUUGGUUCUGGUAUGGUGGUGAAUAAAUCAAGGGGAAACAAUGAAAACAAAGAAAGCAAAACAAAACAAAAGAAAAAAAAACAUCAGAUGUUUGUUUUCCCUAUUGGUUUAUUUCUAAAAAUCAACCAAAAAUGCAGUGUUCAUUGAAGUUCAUAUAAACAACUGUAUUAUGUACAGAAAAAUGGUGCAUUUAUUUGCAAAAUUGUUCUAAUACUCCAGAAUUUCUCAGGAUGCUGCUUAUCUGAAAAUAAUAGCCCCCCCCCCAAAAAAAAAAUAUAUAUUUUUUUGUUAAAUAAUGAUAAGUAAAAAAAUUAAAAAUAAGUAAAUAGAUAAAUAAUAAUAACAAAAAAUAAGUAAAUAAAUAACUAAAUAGUAAUAAUGAUGAUAAUAAUAAUAAAUAAAAUAGAUAAAUACAAAAUAGAUUGAAAUGAAAAAAAAAUAAUUGAAAAAAAUAUGCAAUGAUACAUUUAUUGAAAAUGAAAAAUAUUUGGACAAACAAUACGGUUUAAUGAAAUGAUUUAGAACAUUUUAGAUAUCAGUCAUGUGUGUAAAUGUUGAUAUAGUGUGAAACGAAGGUAGGUUGGCAGGAAUGGGGAGCAUUUCAUGGAGAGGUUUGUCAGUGAUUUUCACUAAUUAGCUCUCAGCCAAUCAGAUGCAAGAAUUUUCAGUAGCUUAUAACAUCUGAUGGUGAAAGUCACUGACAGAAAUCUCUGUGAAACACUCCCUGAGAUGGAUAGCACAGGGAGGUAUGGAGAUACCACAAUCAGUGGUAAACCUGUAGAAAGGAGGGGGGCAGAUGAAAGAAAAUUAGAUGGCUUUGUUCUAGGGUGAAUAAAAACAAAGGAGAUUAACAAUUUGAUUCAUAUGGCAAGAAAGAGAAGGGGGUGGGGAGUACGGGGGAGGAGUUAGAAAAUCAAUGCAUUGUCUCUCAUGCACUUGGCUGCACAAAGUAUCAUCGAAGUUGUCAAUAGAGCACCUACAUUAAGGAUGUGGUAUGUCAUGUACGGCAGUGUCCAGUGCCCCGCCCUGCACACUUAAAAAUAGGACAAUUGGUGGUGAUGUCAUGUAUUGUGUGAGUUUGACAAGGAGACCCCAGUUCAGACUGGCGGCCAUUUUGUGAGGGUUAGGGCUUGCUCCUUCAAAUCAAGGUCAGUUUCUAUGGUAACCUCCUAACUUGGAUGGAUCUUCUUGGCUGCUGGUCAUUUUUUUUAAUCAGUUUUUUUUAACUAUUUGAAUAAACCAUUUGGAAAAUGAAAACAAUU